GUGCAAAAGGCGCUGAGAGAUGCUAAGCUGGAUAAAAGUCAGAUUGACGAAAUUGACGAAGUUGUUCUUGUCGGUGGCUCAACGCGCAUUCCUAAAGUGCAGAAACUGCUUCAAGACUUUUUCAAUGGAAAACGACUGAACAAGUCGGUGAAUCCUGAUGAAGCGGUCGCCUAUGGAGCUGCAAUUCAGGCGGCAAUUCUAGGCGGCGACAAUUCACUGCCCCUGUUGCAGGAUCUUCGACUGACUGACGUGACGCCCUUUUCACUCGGAAUUGAAGUCAAAACUGACGACAUGGCAAUUGUCGUUGACCGCAAUACUACAAUUCCGGUUCAAAAAAAUCAAACAUUUGUGACUCAGUUUGACAACCAGACUGUUGUUGCGUUUAAUGUCUAUGAAGGAGAACAUGCGAAAACUACUAAAAAUAAUUUGUUGGGCCAUUUUAUGAUUCAAGGCGUUCCACCGGCUCCAGCAGGUUAUGAAAUGUUUGAUGUCACUUUUGACAUUGACAAAGAUGGCAUACUUAACGUUGCAGCGGUAAAUAAAAGUACUAAAAAACAAAACAAUAUUACAAUUGUUUUGAACUGGAAAUAA